AUGACAUCUUCGAGGCGAGGGAAACAGCCAGCAGCACUGAAGGCUCAGGAGAUCAUCGACAACCAGAAUCCUAGGAAACGACGUCGAAAAUCAGAGACUCAGAAGACAUCACAGAGGGGUCGCAAUUCGAAAAGACGAAGGGCAGAAAAUGUUGAUGCACAUGAUGAAGUAUCUCCCGCUAGUGCUGUCCCUCGUGCGGAAGCGAUGCCACGGCCCGAAAUGUCUUCACAGCAGCUUCCGCCUUCUGUGCUGUCUGGACCAUCUGUUGAUGGUGCUAGUGGCGGAUCAUCAACUAAUGGAAAGACCAAGAGGCCUCUUGCCCCCAUUCACUUGUUUUACACGGAGAUCCUCGACAAUCACCAGAGACACCACAUGAAUUGGAAGCCUGGAGAUAGGUUGUUUCAAUGCCGACAUGGCCAUGAUAGUAAAGUCCUCCGUGUCACCAAGAGCAUGAAUGGUUCAACAACAGGAUUGAAGGCUCACAUCAAGCGUGUCAAUGAGGACCUAUUUUUACUGCUGGAGAUCUUGGAAUGGAAGCACAAGCAUGGUGAAAAACCAUCAGUGCAAGAGCUUCGUGUUGCCCGCGGUGAAGUAGGCAUCACAGCUCUUGGCUAUGAUGUGCACAAUUCGAGCGCUAAGACUGCACCUGACCAGCAGUCUUUUGAUCAAGGAACUUACGAGCGCAUUGUUGCUGAGUGGGUUGCUGCAUGUGAUCAGCCUUUCAGUGAAGUUGAGAAGCCGGAGUUCAAGCGAAUGAUGCAGUAUAGCAGCCAUCCCAGUGUCACUAUUCCGAGCACGAAUACCAUCAAGUCCAAGAUUAUGGACAUUGAUGAUGAUGUCAUCUCCGAUAUAAAAACAAUGCUUGCGACCACAUCUGGAAAGUUCUCACUUGCACUUGACUGCUGGACAUCAAAUAAUUGGGAUCUCGAGGAAGUUAUGAUUGAUUUUCGUGAAGUCAUCGGUGAACAUUCAGGUGAGAAUCUUGUGGAGGUAGUAUGGCAAACAAUCAAGAUGUAUGGGCUGAAGGGCAGGAUUCAAGCGGUCAUUGCCGACAAUGCUACAAAUAAUGAUACACUCCUUGUCUCCCUCGAGAGACAUUUCACUGCUAAAGGCAUACCUUUCCGUGAGAAGCUUGCACAGCUGCGAUGUAUGCCACAUACAGUUCAUUUAGCUGCAUUAGAGCUACUAGAUGCCAUUGGUGCAUCAAAAACUCCGAACGCAGCCAACCCGCACUCACGUACCAAGUAUCAAGCUACUCCUGACAACUAUCAAGAGUCUGUAAAGGAGCCUCUAUCAUCGGAAAUGGACAAUCUCCUUUCACAAGCAAAUGAUUCUGCAACGAAUCCAGCACGUUCUGCUAGUGAAAACGAAGAGACAUCACUGCACAUGCUGGUCGCACUGGACAAGCUUCGCAAGGUUGUACAUGUUGACCACAUCAAGAAAGCUCUGCGUAGUCUUCCAUCAGGGGUGCCACCACAGCUGAAGGCAGGCCUGCUCAAUGCAUACAAGAAAUUGUCGGAUUACCAUACAUUUUUUGAUGAGAGUCCAUAUUACAUAUGGGCAUGUCUUCUUGAUCCUUGCAUCAACUAUGAAGGCCUGAGGGUCGAAGCUUCAAAGGACAAAAAUGUACACAACCACGAAGAGUACCUCAGUCAUAUCGACACUGCGAAGUCCAAGCUCAAGGAGCAGUAUCUUGAUUAUUAUCUGCUGGACUCACAUGAUUCCGUUGUCAAUCAGGACAUCUCAUCAGGUAGCCAUUUGCCAAACACCGGCGCAAUGCGCACUCCAGUCGCCUCUGAUUUCCUCACAGUGUACGCUUCUGAAGCUGAACGUUCACCCACGGAAGAGCUUGAUGAAUACUUGAAGAUGAAGCCACUUGGAUUCUCUCCUCGGGCCUCCCAUCCACUGAAAUGGUGA